AGAAAGUAGGAAUAUUGGGCUAGAAAGAAGUCGGAUAGAUAGAAUAAAAUAAUUAACGACGAAUUUUCUUUGGAAAUUUGGCAAGCACAGCAAGUUAACAAAAAUAUUCGGAAUAAAAGGAAGAACCCUAACGAAUACAAAUUCAAGACGAGGGAUUCUGAAUUGUUGCGAGAAGAACGAAGGCAGGGGAAGAAGAUGGUCCUGUACUUCAAAGCACGGCCAGAGGUCGGCGAUUACACCAUUUUCAUGGGAUUCGACAAGUUCGAGAACGAGGAACUCAUCAAAUACGGCUUCCCCGAAGACGUUUGGUUUCAUGUCGACAAAAUGUCUUCAGCCCAUGUUUAUGUAAGGCUGCACAAGGGUCAGACUUUCGAUAAUAUAAGUGAAGGAUUACUUGAGGAUUGUUGCCAGCUUGUCAAAGCAAAUUCCAUUCAAGGCAAUGAUUCUCUUUUACAGCUCUCCUGCAUAGCUUGCAUUUUGUUAUACCGUUUUGAGUUUUCUUUUUUUGUUUUUCGACUUCCAGGCAACAAGGUUAACAACAUUGAUGUUGUUUACACUCCCUGGUCAAACUUGAAGAAGACAGCUACAAUGGAUGUUGGUCAAGUUGGCUUUCACAAUUCAAAGAUGGUUCGUACAGUGAAAGUGGAGAAGCGGAUUAAUGAGGUGAUCAACAGACUGAACAAAACAAAAGUAGAAAGAACGCCCGAUUUGAGAGCCGAGAGGGAAGCUGUAAAUGCAGCAGAAAGGGCUGAGAGGAAGCUUCAACUCAGAGAUAAAAAACGGCGGGAGGAGAUGGACAGGAUGGAAAAGGAGAGGCAGGCAGAGGUGAGGAGCUACAAGGGAUUGAUGGUGGCAGAGAAGAUGACAUCCAACAAGCAGAUCGCAUCGGAGAGCAAGUCUCUGCAGGAGAUGGAAGACGAUUUCAUGUGAGCCAAAACGAACGAGCACCCCCGAAGAUGUUGUACCAAAAUAUGGUUUAUGGCCCUUCCAUCGCCCCCCGUCAAGAGAAGUGGAAAGUAGCGUUCUGCCUCUGUAUGCCAGAGAGCCCCAAAGUCUAGCUCUCCUAUCAUUCUCGCUUCUGUGUUACCCAUCUUCUGUUAUUUUCAUUUGAGAACCCAAAGAAAAAGGUUAAAGAGUACUUCUGACUUCUGAGUGAGAAAAGGGAGGGAGACUGACCCUAACAUUUUGAAACUCUGGAGUGGGAGACCAUAAAAUUGUUUCAAAGUUAUUUGCUUGGUUUCUUUGGGACACAGCAGAAGCAUAACUUGGCAUGUCUCUGUAGUAAAUGGAAAUCUGGUCUAUAUUCUCCUUUUGGCUAAAUGCUCAAUGUGUUGCAAACCGAGAACGAACCCGAUUCGGUUUGGGAUCAACCAAAAACCGAGAAUAGAC